ACAAAGUGAGUUCCUCUCUUCCUAGUAGCAACCUACCUUCCAAUUGAGCUGGAGUUGAUCAGGGCUCUAAACGUGAAGCUGGAGCCAACAAACUCAAAGGGGAAGACCAGCGAGAAGAGUGGCUCCCAUCCUAUCCAAGGUAGAAGUGAGCAACGUUAGCCGGCCUCCAAAAUGGUGAUGGUGAGAGAGGAGAUGCGCAAGGGGCCAUGGACAGAGCAGGAGGACCUGCAACUGGUAUGCACUGUCCGCCUGUUCGGUGACCGCCGUUGGGAUUUCAUUGCCAAAGUAUCAGGGCUCAAUAGGACAGGUAAGAGCUGCCGCCUCCGUUGGGUGAACUACCUCCACCCUGGCCUCAAGCAUGGGCGCAUGUCACCACAAGAGGAACAUCUUAUUAUUGAGCUCCAUGCUCGUUGGGGUAACAGAUGGUCUAGGAUAGCACGAAGGCUUCCGGGACGUACAGACAAUGAGAUCAAGAACUACUGGAGGACACACAUGAGGAAGAAAGCCCAGGAGAGGAGGACUGACAUGUCACCCUCAUCCUCCUCCUCGUCACUCACAUAUCAAUCCUCCCUCCUUGAUGCUGUGCCAAUCAUUACUACUGAUGGUGACAUUCAUGAUGAUAGUAGAUGCAUGGCAAGAGUCCUCAAGAGCACUCAGAAUGCCAUGGAUGGAUAUCCCAUGGAUCAGAUAUGGAGGGAAAUUGAGGCACCAGAGGCGCCUUGCUUGCCUGGUAUAUAUGAAGGGGAAGACAAGAUUGGCAGCAAUCUCACAUGCCAGCUCCUGACAUCUACCAUGUGGAACUACAGCUACCCUGAGGUAUUCUGGAAGAUUGACAAUGAAGGAACCAGGAUGUUGGCUCCACAAUCUAGCCAUGACAAAUGAGCGUCAUGCUAUUGAAGGCUAAAGCCAUACAUCAAGAUAUAGGCCAGGUUACUAAGCUACAUAUGUGCCUUCCAGAUUUGCAGUACUUAUGUGGUUAUAUUUGUGCUGUGGCUCUCAAUGUUUACAGAUCUACUAUAACAUUAAUGGUGUGUUCAUGAUGUAUGUAUUUAUGUAGUAUCUAGUGUGCAACAUAGCUUGUGUGACUUGCCUUUGACAGUAUGGAACACAAAACCACUUUAUAUGGAUGGUAUAGUUUAUUGAUCAAUUAAAAGAAUUAUAUGGUUA